AUGGAGUUUCGCAUCCGCCACAACGAAUCGGCCGGUGCAUAUUUCGAUCCUUCCAAGAUUCAUCUCGAUGAAGAACUCAAUGCUGGGAUAACUAUCGACGCCAAACUCCAAGCUUACAUCUUCCUAAACAGCCUCGUCCAGCGGUUUGAAUCCUUCAUCAACUUUCAAGCCCAUGUCUUUCAACACGGCGAAGUCAUCGAUGAAGCGGCGCUGCCCAAGUUGUUUACUGCGCUCAUUGAAAUGAGAUCCGAAGCUCUAUGGAUCUUCAGAUGCAGCAUUAACGACAACCCUUCGUCGAAAUCAACGAUCCGGCCCCAAUCACGGCAACCACGACACACACGCCGCCGUCUGCAGCUACUGCAACAUACGCAGCCACACUGA